AUGGAGGACCUUUUACGCGAGCAGGAUAGCUGUGCGCAGAAUGUGUCAUGGGGCAACUCAAGUCGUGGGAAUGUGAGCCAUUUGGGGAACACCACAGUAAAUCCUUUGAAACGGAAUGAAGAAGUAGCCAAAGUGGAAGUGACCGUCCUUGUCCUGGUGAUGCUGCUUGCUCUGACCGGCAACCUGUGCGUCCUGUGGGCUAUCCACACCACCAAGAACAGCCAUUCUCGGAUGUAUUACUUCAUGAAGCACCUGAGCAUCGCAGAUCUCGUCGUUGCAAUCUUUCAGGUCUUGCCGCAACUCAUUUGGGAUAUCACGUUUCGCUUCUACGGGCCAGAUGUGUUGUGCAGGUUGGUCAAAUACGUGCAGGUCGUUGGCAUGUUUGCAUCUACCUACAUGCUCGUCUUGAUGUCCAUCGACAGGUGCUUGGCGAUUUGCCUACCACUUCGAUCUGUGCACAAGAGAAAGGACCGUUUCUGUGUGAUCGCCUCCUGGGUGCUUAGUCUGAUAUUCAGCACUCCUCAAAUGUACAUAUUUUCUCUUAAGGAGGUCGGGAACGGUGUGUAUGACUGUUGGGGUGACUUUGUGCAGCCAUGGGGCGCCAAAGCAUACAUCACAUGGAUGAGCCUCAGCAUUUACAUUUUCCCAGUUGCAAUUUUAAGCAUCUGCUAUGGCCUGAUAUGUUUUAAAAUAUGGCAAAACGUCAAUUUAAAAACCAGAAGAGAGCACUUUCUGUCUCUCUCUCCACGGGCCUCCAAAGGCGCUCAUCCCCUCUCUCGUGUGAGCAGCGUGAGGCUCAUUUCAAAAGCAAAAAUCCGCACAGUGAAAAUGACAUUUGUGGUGGUCCUUGCCUACAUCGUAUGCUGGACUCCCUUUUUCUUUGUCCAGAUGUGGUCAGCUUGGGAUCCUGCUGCACCAAGAGAAGACAUGGCCUUUAUCAUUGCCAUGUUGUUGGCCAGUCUCAACAGCUGCUGCAACCCUUGGAUCUACAUGUUUUUUGCUGGUCACCUGUUCCGCGACCUGAUGCAGUGCUUCUUCUGCUGCUGUAGACAGUACCUGACAGCCUCCUCCUGCAGCUGUGAUCAACAGUGCAGGCACAAGAGCAACUCCUCCACGUAUGCCAUCAAUAACACCAGCAGCCAGAGGAGCCUCACACACAUAUCCAGCACAGGCAGACCUGGCCAAUGA